CACUCCCCCACGUGAAGUCACCGAGGCUAUAAAACCCCAGCUGGCAGAAUGGAUCAGUCAGUAGUCAGUAGAACACACCAUUUAGAGCAUCUUUAGUCCGGCACCAUGAGUACCUCGGGACCCCUGCAACUCGGGCUCAUUAACUGCAAUAACAAGUAUCUCACGGCCGAGACGUUUGGCUUCAAGAUCAACGCUUCUGCUUCUAGCCUGAAGAAAAAGCAGGUAUGGAGCCUGGAGCCGGUCGGGGAGGAUUCGGGGGCCGUGCUGUUCAAGAGUCAUCUGGGCCGGUACCUCUCUGCAGAUAAGGAUGGUCGGGUGUCCGGGGAGAGCGAGGUCCCGGAUCCUGAGUGCCGGUUUCUGGUCGGUGUACAAGGGGACGGACGCUGGGUCUUGCAGUCUGAGUCCUACGGCCGGUAUCUAGGUGGGUCUGAGGACCGAAUCAGCUGCUUCUCCCCCUCCGUGUCCCCCGCAGAGAAGUGGGGGGUCCAUCUGGCCAUGCACCCCCAGUUCACCCUCUAUAGUGUAACCAGGAAGCGGUACGCGAGGCUGGGUGCCCAGGGGGAUGAGCUGUCUGUGGAGAGAGAUGUGCCCUGGGGUCUGGACUCCCUCAUCACCCUCAUCUUCCAAGAGAACCGAUACAGCAUCCAGACCCCCGACCACCGCCUGCUUGCCUCGGACGGCAGCCUGCGCACCGACUACAGCGCCGACACCGGCUACACCCUGGACAUCUCCGCCGGCAAGGUGGCAUUCAGGGCGUCGGACGGCCGCUACCUCACCCCGUCCGGCCCCAGCGGGAAGCUUAAAGCCGGCAAGAACAGCAAAAUCGGCAGGGACGAGCUGUUUGUCCUGGAGAGGAGCUGCCCCCAGGUGGUUCUUACUGCGGGAAACGGGAGGAACGUCUCUACUAGACAGGGUCUUGACCUCUCAGCCAAUCAGGAGGAAGAGAGUGACCAAGAAACUUUCCAACUAGAAAUUAACAAGGAUACAAAGAAGUGUGCUUUCCGGACUCACACUGGAAAGUACUGGUCCCUCACCAGUACAGGAGGAAUACAGGCAAAUGCUUCUGCUCCGAAUGACAACUGCUUCUUUGAUAUUGAUUGGCGUGACCACCGUAUAACCCUUAAGGCUGUAAAUGGUAAAUUUGUGACUGCCAAGAAAAAUGGACAGCUGGCUGCUUCUAUUGAUGCUCCCGGAGAGACUGAGUUCUUCCUGAUGAAACUCAUUAAUCGUCCCCUAAUUGUUCUAAGGGGAGAGCAUGGAUUUAUAGGCUGCCGUAAAAUGACAGGGACCCUUGACUCAAACCGUUCAAUUUAUGAUGUCUUUCAACUGGAAUUUAAUGAUGGUGCAUACAGGCUCAAAGAUUCAACAGGAAACUACUGGACUGUGGGUAGCGACACUUCUGUUACCAGCAGUAGCUCCUCUCCAGUAGAUUUCUUCUUUGAGUUCUGUGACUUCAACAAGGUAGCAAUAAAGGUGAAUGGCCUGUACCUGAAGGGAGACCAUGCUGGUGUCCUUAAAGCCAAUGCGGAGACAAUCGACUCCUCAACACUCUGGGAAUACUGAGUAUGCCAUUCCAGUGGAGCUAGUCUGGACCUGGUUUAGUAUUAAAACAUGUGCCUGUCUGCCCCUGCAAGGCAUUAAAUCAACACACUAGUUGCAGAGGGGUUUUUCAUUCUAUUUUUGCAAAUUUACAGAUCUUAACAAGAAAGAAAGCAAAUCAUGAAGGUGCUGGUAGACUCCAACCUGUACAAUAUACAUGUUCCUGAAUUCUAAUUCAUGUCUUGUAAGAGCAAGACUUCAGGGAAGCACAGAUGUGUAGAAACGAUUUGAGAAAUUACUCCUAUAGAAUUGGAGUAAAUGCCUUCUGCAUUUUAGUGGUGUCCUCUUUAACCGGUUUCUCCUGCCACUUUGUACCAAAGCAGUUGUUUAUGAGCCAGUUUCUAGUUUAUUCUGGUUUCACAUUUUCUAGAUUUGUGCUAGAAGAUCUUGCUUUACAAAAACUUUAUGUGCUUUGUUGGUGGUUGUAGAGCAGUGACCUCCACGUCAAUUCAUGAACAAAAUGUUAGCACUAGAACAGAUGUGAUAAUGUUAAUUUGUUCCAUUCUAGAAGUCUUUUAGAAUGCUUCAAAAAUCAAGAUUUCUUAUUCUAAAAAAUGUAUUCAGGCAUAAAUACAGAAGAUGCACAUAAAGAUACUUAUAUAGAUUUAUUGGUAAAGCAGUAGCCUGUUUUUGGACUUUGUACUAUCUGGUUUCCCCACUAUGUAAAGUCCACACACCUGCACCUUCUGAUCUGAAGGGCACUUCUCUAUGCUGGAAAGUAAACCUGUAAAAUACUGGAAGGAACCAAAACAGUGUUCAUUAAUCUUUGUAUUCUCAUCUCAUUUGUAACAUGAUGUAACUGCAGUUGUGUCUGCACCUGGCAUGUCUUUUAUCUACCUGUGGAGCACCAUUUUGCUGGUUGAUCUGUGCUGACACCCCUUACAUCUCCUGUCACACACAAAGGGUUAUUAACUUUUUAUACUUGUAUAGAUGUCCACAAUCUACAGAUGUCUGUAUUGUGCAUUGUCCUUAACCCCUGGGUUUGCCAUCUUGCCGUAUGUAAUAACUGACCCUUGUGGCUGUGUUGCCUGGUAGUUGACGGAGUAUGAAAAUGGACCUGCUGCCCCGCUGCUUGCUUCCUGUGAUCUGGUGCCAGAUAUUCUCUCUCCAGUCUCUGAAUUGGUCUGUGAAGCUGACACAUUAGCAAUGUCUUCAAGUGCCAUUUAAAUAAAAACAAGCUGGAAAAAA